AUGCAAAUUGUCAUUCCUUUCCUUUUAGGCCUGAGCUGGCUCGCCAAAGCUGCCUACAUUCCUGCCCUGAGCACCAACAGCACUGGGAUGGUAUCUCGUGACGUUGGCGGGUACCGCUCGGUGGCAUACUAUGUGAACUGGGCCAUCUACGGUCGUAACUUCCAACCCCAGAAUCUCCCCGUCGAGCGACUGACUCAUGUGCUUUACGCAUUUGCCAAUAUCCGCCCCGGCACAGGCGAGGUCUAUCUAUCGGACGCCUGGGCGGACACGGACAAGCACUACCCAACUGAUUCUUGGAAUGAUUCUGGUACCAAUGUCUAUGGUUGUAUCAAGCAGCUCUUUCUUCUCAAGAAGAACAACAGCAGGCUCAAGGUUCUUCUGUCGAUUGGAGGCUGGACCUACUCUCCCAGCUUCGCUUCUGCCUUUGAGACCGAGGCUGGACGACAGAAGUUUGCUGAUUCUGCGACGGAGCUGUUGAAGAACCUUGGCCUGGAUGGUAUUGAUGUUGAUUACGAGUACCCUGCAAAUGACGACCAGGCAAACCAGUUUGUCGACGCACUCCGAAGACUGCGUGGGGCUUUGAAUUCCUACAGCGCGGGCAACGCCCAGGGCUAUCAUUUCCUGCUUACUGCCGCAUCUCCCGCGGGCGAGUUGUAUCUCCGCCCACUUCACUACCGCCAAGAACGCCUGAAUGAGAUGGACCAGUACUUAGAUUUCUGGAAUCUCAUGGCCUAUGACUACUCCGGUAGCUGGGACACAGUUGCCGGCCACAAUUCCAACCUCCACGGGUCGACCGAAAACCCGUCCAGCACCCCAUUCAACACGGAUCAAGCAAUUGACUACUACACCUCGCAAGGCGUCGCCGCCAACAAGAUUGUGCUAGGCAUGCCCCUGUAUGGCCGAGCGUUUACUAAUACCGACGGUCCCGGCAGGUCGUACACUGGUGUUGGAGCAGGCACAUGGGAGAAUGGCGUGUGGGACUACAAGGGCCUGCCCCUGACAGGCUGUGCCGUGACCGUCUUGGAUCAACCGGGUGCAAGCUACUGCUACAACCAAGACAGCCGUCUGUUUGUUAGCUAUGAUACGCCUGAGAUUGCGCGUCAGAAGGCGCGGUACAUCCAGUCCCGCGGACUUGGCGGUGGUAUGUGGUGGGAGAGCAGCUCUGACAAGACGGGUGGGGAGAGUUUGAUUACAACUGUUGUUGAUACACUUGGAGGUGUUGGCGCUUUGGAGCAGAGUGGCAAUCAACUCCACUACCCUGAGUCCAAGUACGUUAACUUGAAGAAUGGUUUCCCCUAG